AUGUUGAGAACUAGUGGUGUGCGCUCGUUCGUCCGCAGCUUCAAGGCUCCCCAGCUUGUCAGAUUUGCAUCCACCAAGGAUUUCGAUGUGGUGGUGAUUGGUGGAGGUCCAGGAGGUUACGUUUCGGCAAUCAAGAAUGCUCAGCUUGGUUUGAAUACUGCUUGUAUUGAAAAGAGAGGUUCUUUGGGAGGAACUUGUUUGAACGUGGGAUGUAUUCCAUCCAAGUCCUUGUUGAACAAUUCGCAUUUGUACCAUCAAAUUAAGCACGAGGCCAAGACCAGAGGUAUCUCGAUCAAUGGAGAGGUUGGUGUAGAUAUGGCUAGUUUGCAAGCUGCUAAGGAAAAGGCUGUUAAAGGAUUGACUGGAGGAGUAGAGAUGUUGUUCAAGAAGAACAAGGUUGCUUAUUUCAAAGGUGAGGGUUCAUUUGUGGAUGAACAUACCGUCAAUGUCAAACCCAUUGAUGGAUCAGAAGAGGUCAAACUUAAUGCCAAGAACAUCAUUAUUGCCACCGGAUCCGAGGUGACUCCAUUCCCUGGUAUUGAAAUCGACGAGGAAAGAAUUGUGUCAUCUACUGGAGCAUUGGAGUUGAAAGAGGUACCCAAGAGAUUGGCAAUUAUUGGUGGUGGUAUUAUUGGAUUGGAAAUGGCAUCGGUAUGGCUGAGAUUGGGCUCAGAGGUCACCAUCAUCGAGUUCCAGAACGCCAUUGGUGCUGGUAUGGACGGUGAAGUUGCCAAGCAAACCCAAAAAUUAUUGGCUAAGCAAGGCUUGAAAUUCAAGCUUGGUACAAAGGUCACCAAGGGUGUUCGUGAAGGAGAAGUUGUUAAAGUUGAGGUUGAAGAUGCAAAGUCGGGUAAGAAGGAGGAGUUGGAAGCGGAUGUGUUGUUGGUGGCUAUUGGUAGAAGACCACACACCACUGGCUUAAAUUUGGAAGCCGUUGGUUUGGAGAAGGAUAACAAGGGUAGAUUGGUGAUUGAUUCCGAAUUCAGAACCAAGGUUCCUCACAUUAGAGUCAUUGGAGAUGUGACUUUUGGUCCUAUGUUAGCACACAAGGCCGAAGAAGAAGGUAUUGCUGCUGCUGAAUACAUCAAAAAUGGCCAUGGACAUGUCAAUUAUGCUAACAUUCCUGCUGUUAUGUACACCCACCCAGAAGUUGCAUGGACUGGAGCCAAUGAGGAGCAGUUGAAAGAACAAGGUAUCAAAUACAAGGUGGGUAAGUUCCCAUUUGUUGCCAAUUCCAGAGCCAAGACCAACUUGGACACCGAUGGAUUUGUCAAGUUUCUUGCCGAUGCCGAGACCCAAAGGGUUUUGGGAGUCCACAUUAUCGGACCUAACGCUGGUGAGAUGAUUGCCGAAGCAGGACUUGCUUUGGAAUAUGGUGCAUCCACCGAGGAUAUUGCCAGAACUUGCCAUGCUCACCCAACAUUGUCGGAAGCAUUCAAGGAGGCAGCAUUGGCUACUUUUGACAAGCCCAUCAACUUUUAG